GCACACUCUCGUUUCGUAUAGAUCCCAUAAAUCUGAGUCUCUCGGAAUCCAAGAAAAGCAAAAGACAAAAAACAGAGAAGAAGAAAAGAAGAAGAAGGAGAUGGUUCCGAUCUCGGAAUCGCAGUCCCUUCGCCACUAGAAUUUCUUUGUCUUCUUUCGUUCUGUUAAUUAUUUGAGACUGAGAAAGAGUUUGUUUUGUUAAAAAAUGGAAGGUCGCCGGAGGCUAACGCUUCUCGAUCAGAUGUCAGCAAGUGCGGACGGCAGAGCAUUAGCCGGACUGAGCCUCAAAGACGUCUUAUCCCCAGCAGCAGCACCCAAAGAACCCCCGCCGGCUCCGGCGAUACCCGCGUCUAUUUCGGGUCUGACCCUCCUUGACAUUAUCCGCAACGACGAGCCCAAAUCGUAUAAGGCCUUGAUCGGAAAGAAAGACAAGAAGCCGUGGAAGACAUUCAAAGACCGCCUCCGCCUCAAGAAAGCCAGCGCCGCCUGGGCCUCCACCGCCCAAGUCCCCACCUCCGACGUCCCCCUCCGGAACAACAACCACCACCGCCAGCCAGGCUACAGCCACAGCCGAUCCCGCAACUCCAUCCGUUACAUCACGCCGGAGCCGCAGCCGAUGGCUGAGCCCGGAGCAAACGACCGGCCGCCGCAGGCCGCCGGCUCCGCCCCGAGUUUCAAUCGGCGGAGCUCCGUGCGGUUCGCGUCGGACAUCGAGUCGCCGCGGCCCAAGCUGGAGACGGCGAUCAGCGAGGAGAGGUCGCUGUCGGCGAGGGAGGCGGUGGCGGCACAAGAGGCUGCCGAGGCCGCCGCCGCCGCAGCGGCGGCUGAUGCGGCAGCGGCGGAGGAGAAGGCAGAGAGAGAAGGAGAUGGAGAGGGAGACGGCGCAUCUUCGUCGGAGAAGGCUUCCGGUGAAACGGUAACGUCGCCGGAGCCGGAGCCGGAGCCGGUGAGGAUGUCGCUGAUGGACUUGUUGGAGGAGACGGACAGGCAGAUGGGGCUGGAGGGAGGGAGGUACACCAUGGACGAAGAGGAAGAAGAGGAGGAGGAGGAGGAGGAGGAAGAGGAAGUGGAGGAGGUGGUGAAGGAGGAAGAACCGGAAGAAGGUGGGGGCGUGGAGCACAGUUGCUGCGUGUGCAUGGUGAGGCAUAAAGGCGCGGCAUUUAUCCCCUGCGGGCAUACCUUUUGCCGGAUGUGCUCCAGAGAGUUGUGGGUGCAGAGAGGGAACUGCCCCCUCUGCAACAAUUUCAUCUUGGAAAUUCUGGACAUUUUCUGAAAUUUAUAUUCCCAGCAAAGCAAGGAGAACCAGAUUGGUAUACACGCUUUUCUCUCACUCUCUCAAGACUCUCGGUGUCAGCAUUGUUUCGUUCAUUGGAGUUGUUUAGAAACUUUUUUUUUUCCCUUUUUUUUUGUAUAUUUUUUUUCAAUCCGAGUUUCUAAUUUGAUGCAUCUCUUUCUGUUAUCAAUAGCUUCAGACUUUGAGUGAAUGCCUUCUUUCUGGGCUCUUUUUUCUGUA